AGGAAUGUUCUAAUCCAUUUUCCAGAGUGGCUGGACUUUUUGCAACACCACCAGCAAUUAAUAAGAGCUCCAGUUCCCUCACAUCCUCUCCAAUACUUGAUAUUGUCAGGGUUUUUUUUUUUCUUUUAAAUCAUCCCAAGGAGGUCUUUAAAGCCUAAUCAUAGUCACAUUCUACAAGAUGGCCUCACACACUGGGCGGAGGAGAGUUGAUGAGACUAGGAAGAACGUGAUGGUCCAGGCCAGAGAGAGUGGGAAUGAGGGAAGGGGAAGAUCCCAGAGCAGUUCAGUGGGGGUGGGGUGUGGUAGUGGAAAAGGCUGAGCAGGAGAAGAAAGUGGAGGGACAGGAGAGACCCAAAGGAAGAAUAGUGUGGAGCACCCGGUUGAGGACUUUUGACCCCCAGGUGUUCUGCCCAAAAGGAUUCUGGGUCUUAAUAAGGUUGGCAGCUGCUACAUUGUAUCUACCCAUUGAGGAUUCAUGGUGAACAUUAGCAUGCUAACUGCUCUGAAAAAGUCCUGCAAUAAAGAAUUCUGUUUGGUAUUAUUUAACCGACUGUUCUCUAACUUACACCUUGGAUCACUUUUCUUAAGCUGUAACAUCAUCAAUCAUCAUCAUCACCUUCAAUGUACAUCUGGGGACCUCUUUAGCUUGUUCGCCCAGUUAUUAUGCUCCCAGUGCCUAAAACUGGCUUAAACCAAAUGGUUAAAAAAUUUUUCUUUGGUUGCAUUAAUGGUCUCGUUAGAUCUUCAGAAUGAUUCGAUGAGUUAGGUACUAAUAUAACUUCCAUCUUACAAACGAGGCUUACAGAAGUCAGGUGACGUGUCUAAGGCACAAAGCUGGUGGGUGGAUAGGUGGUAUUUGAGCUGGGAUCUGCUUGCUGUCUCCCCAUCACCCUGCCUGUCUCUGGAAGGGACCCCAUACCCCCAGCUUCACCCAGUCAUGACAGAUGUGGUCUGCUGUUCUGGGACCUCCUGCAGUCCUUCUUGUCCUGGUAGCCAUGAACGUACUCGGAGAGCUCAGCUGUAACUUGAUCUUACCAGACUGGGGGUGACAGGGCGGGUGGGCAGGUGACGCCAGGGCAGGGAGAUUUGCCCAGACACUGGUGUGCAGCCGCCUGGAAGCCUGUGUGGUCCUGAGGAGACUGGGGAGCUUCGGGAGUUUGUCUCAGAGUCUUGGCAGUGGUCUUCACCAUGGGCAACAAGCAGACAGUCUUCACUCAUGAGCAGCUGGAAGCGUAUCAGGACUGCACCUUCUUCACAAGAAAGGAAAUCAUGAGGCUCUUCUAUCGCUACCAGGACCUGGCUCCCCAGCUCGUUCCCCUCGACUACACCAGCAGCCCUGAUGUGAAGGUGCCCUACGAGCUCAUCAGCAGCAUGCCCGAGCUGAAGGACAACCCAUUCCGCCAGAGGAUUGCCCAGGUGUUCUCUGAGGACGGGGACGGGCACAUGACCUUGGACAACUUCCUGGACAUGUUUUCUGUGAUGAGCGAAAUGGCUCCCCGCGACCUCAAAGCCUAUUAUGCUUUUAAAAUUUAUGACUUUAACAAUGAUGGCUACAUCUGUGAGUGGGACCUGGAGCAGACAGUGACCAAGCUGACGCAGGGGGAGCUGAGUGCUGAGGAGGUGAGCCUGGUGUGUGAGAAGGUGCUAGAUGAGGCCGAUGGCGACCACGAUGGGCGGCUGUCCUUGGAAGACUUCCAGAACAUGAUCCUGCGGGCACCUGACUUCCUCAGCACCUUCCACAUCCGCAUCUGA